AUGUCAGCGGGACAAAUACAGCUGGCCCAUCGCUCGCGGGUCUGCCUCUCACCACCACCGGUCCCUCGCUCGUCCCAUCGGACCCCGCCCGUCUUUCUAGUCUCCUUAUCUUCACGACUCUCUAGAACCAUGGCCCUCAAGCGCAUUAACAAGGAGUUGAUUGACCUCGGGCGCGACCCGCCUUCGUCGUGCAGUGCCGGUCCGACUGGCGAUAACAUGUUCCAGUGGCAGGCAACGAUCAUGGGUCCCGGCGACUCGCCGUACGCCGGCGGCGUCUUCUUCCUUUCCAUUACCUUCCCGACCGACUACCCCUUCAAGCCUCCCAAGGUCAGCUUCACGACCAAGAUCUACCACCCGAACAUCAACGCGAACGGUUCGAUUUGCCUCGACAUCUUGAGGGACCAGUGGUCGCCAGCAUUGACCAUCUCGAAGGUGCUGCUGUCUAUCUGCUCGAUGCUCACGGACCCCAACCCUGAUGACCCGCUCGUCCCUGACAUCGCGCAUCUGUACAAGACGGAUCGUGCGCGCUACGAGGCGACGGCUCGGGAGUGGACACGGAAGUACGCUAUGUAA